UCUGUCGCUCCGAGUCCGGGGGGGACGACUGCGAGAGGAGGAGGAGGAGGGGGGGUGGAGUAGUGCUGCUCGGGGCCUCGCGAGGACUUGGCGGCCAAGAGCCACCGACUUGAACCCCCCCAGCCUUCCACGAAGCCUUGGGAUUCGAGGCAGCGUCGUCGGACUCACGAACCCCCCCCCCCCCCCAUCCGCCAAAUCAGCAUUGAAACCCCGCAAGCAGUCGGACCCUAAAGGCAGGAAGCGGCUGGGUUUCAGAGCUCUGAGCCACGGGCCUUGAGCCCGGAGCCAGGAUAUACCCCCCCAGCCAAGUAAAGACCCGCUCUCGGGAAAAUAUAAGGGGAGAAGGGAGGCAGAGGGGUGGACCGCCGAGGUCGUGAUCUCCAUGGCGGAGCAGGAACGAGACGAGCUGCCCGGGAAGGAACAGAAGCAGAAGGAGGACGAACAGGAGAUGGAGGAGAUGGAGGCGGAGAGUGGCUCCGAGGCCGGCUCCGCGGGGCCCGCACCGGGGCCCGGCACCGACUCCGACUCGGAGUCCGAGACGGACGAAAGUGAGAAGGAGGCGGAGGUGCAGCGGCUCGAGGAGCAGCUCUCCAUCAACGCCCACGACUACAACUGCCACACGGACCUCAUCAAGCUGCUGCAGCAGCUCGGGGAGCUCGAGAGGCUGGCCAAGGCACGGCAGAAGAUGAGCGAGCUCUUCCCGCUCACCGAGGAGCUGUGGCUGGACUGGCUCAAGGACGAGAUCCGCAUGGGCACAGACGAGGCGGAGCGAGACCGGGUGUCAAGCCUGUUCGAGAGGGCCGUGAAGGACUACCUGUGUCCGGAGAUCUGGCUGGAGUACGCGCAGUACUCGAUCGGCGGCAUGGGCCAGGCGGGCGGGGUGGAGCGAGUGCGCGCCGUGUUCGAGCGAGCACUCACCGCCGUCGGCCUCCACGUCACCAAGGGCAGCGCCGUGUGGGACGCCUACCGCGAGUUCGAGAACGCCGUGCUCGGCAUGAUGCAGCCGGUGCUGGGCGUUGUGCUGAGCGCCGUGCAGCAGGAGCAGCUGAAGGCGCAGACGGAGCGCCUGAACACCCUGUUCCGACGCCAGCUGUCUCUGCCUCUCAUGGACAUGGAGGCGUGCUUCACGGAGUACGAGGAGUGGCUGGAGAGCCCCGUGGAGGCCUCUGUGAGGCAGGCGUAUGGCAAGGCACUGAAGCAGCUGGAGAAGUACAAGUCCUUCGAGAACGCCCUGCUGGUGGCAGAGCCCCCGAAGAUGGCGGAGUACCAGGCCUACAUCGAGUGCGAGCUGAAGGAGGGCGACCCGGCGCGCGUGCAGCUCGUGUUUGAGCGAGCGCUCGCCGACAACUGCCUGGUGCCCGACCUCUGGGCGCAGUACACCAAGUACCUCGACAUGCAGCUCAAGAUGAAGGAGGUGGUGCUGCCUGCUCACCGCCGCGCCACCAGGAACUGCCCCUGGGCCACGAGCCUGUGGAAGUCCUACCUGCUGGCUCUGGAGCGGCAUCACGCGGAGCACGACACAGUGCGCGAGGUGUUCGACAAGGCGCUCGAGUCGGGCUUCAUGCAGGCCACCGACUACACGGAGCUCUGGCAGACCUACAUUGACUACCUGCGACGGCGCGUCGACUUCACGCAAGGUUCGAGCCAGGAGCUGGAGGAGCUGCGGAUGACCUUCCAUCGCGCAGUGGAGAGCAUCCGGCAGGAGGUGGCGCAGCGCUGUGCGGAGGGAGGGGAUUCCUCGAGCGCCAUCCUGCAGCACUGGGCCAGGAUAGAGGCGAACCACUGCCACAACGUGCAGAAGGCGCGCGAGCUCUGGGACCAGGUGAUGUCGCAGGGGAACGCCAAGUACGGCAACAUGUGGCUCGAGUAUUACCACCUGGAGAGGGCAUUUGGCGACGUGCAGCACGCACGCAGGGCGCUGCACCGUGCCGUGCAGUGCACCAGCGACUACCCGGAGCACAUCUGUGAGGCGCUGCUCACCUUCGAGAGGGAGGAGGGCACGCUGGAGGACUGGGACGCCGCCUGCCAGAAGAUCGAGACCAAGCUGAAGCGCGUGAGCGAGCAGAGGGCCAAGGCUGCGGAGAAGGAGGCGCAGAGGCAGAGGCAGGAGGAGGAGCGCACGAAAGCCAAGCUGGAGAGCAAGGGAGGCAAGAAGUCCCAGAAGAAGGAGCAGCACGUCUUCUCGGGCAAGCGCAAGGCUGAGCCCGAGUGGGGCCACGAAGCCGCCCAGGCGAGCAAGCGCAUCCGCGAGGAGGCGGGCGGCGGCGUCCCGUGGGAGGAGGACGACGACGAGGACGAAGAGUCGAAGGGCCGCGACGCGGGCGCCAUGGUGCACGCCAGCCUGGGCCUCUUCGGGUGCGCCCCCCCGUCGGCCGCCGGCAGGGCGUCCGGCCCGGGGUCCUCGGCGAGGCCCGGCCCGUCGCGCGCCGCUCCCGGCUUCCCCAAGGGCAAGGCGGAGAAGAAGGGCAAGGCGGCCGAGCAAGCUCCCACCACCACCAAGUUCACCCCGGGCGCGGAGUCGUGCACGGUGUUCGUGAGCAACAUGGCUUACUCCCUGGCGGACCCCAACGCUCGCUUGCGUGAGGCACUGGCGCCGUGCGGAACCAUCGCGGAAGUGCGCCCAGUCUACUCGCACUCCCACCACUUCCGCGGCUACUGCUACUGUGCAGUUCGACACGAGGAGGGGGCGCGCGGGGCGCUCGCCAUGGACCGCACGUCGAUCGACGGACGGCCCAUGUUCAUCAGCCCCUGCGUGGACAAGACCAAGCAGCAGGAGCAGCAGCCCAACAAGGCGUUCAAGUACAGCACAGACCUGGAGAAGCACAAGCUGUUCGUGUCGGGCCUCCCGUUCUCCUGCACCAAGGGCGAGCUCGAGGAGAUGUUCGGGAAGCACGGCAGCAUCCGCGAGACGAGGAUGGUCACGACGCGCGCCGGGAAGUUCAAGGGCCUGGCGUACAUCGAGUACGAGACCGUGAGCCAAGCGGCGCAGGCCGUGCUCAACCUCAACGGCACCACGGUGAGGGACAGCGUCGUCAGCGUGGCCAUCAGCAACCCACCGGCGCGGCGCCGCGCCGACCAGCAGCAGCAGCAGCAGCCAGCGAUGCCACCGCGCAGCGUGUACGGAGCGAGGGGCAAGGGCCGCACGCAGCUGGCGCUCGUUCCCCGCGCUCUGCAACGGCGGAACGCGGGCGGCAGCAAGUCCCAGAACGGCACGGCGGCGGCGGGGGCGCCGGCAGCGGGACGCGCUGGACGGGGCCGGCGACGCGGCGGCCGGCGGCGACGCCACGCCCGCCGCCGCCGGGCCCAUGAUGAGCAACGCCGACUUUGCACGGAUGCUGCUGAGGAAGUGAGAGGAGGAGGAGCCACCCCUCGGCGUUUGCCGCCGGCGCUUCCCCCCCCCCCCCCCCCCCCCCACCACCGGCGUGGCAGCCGUUCGCAGAUUUUUGUUUCAGUCGCCCUGCCCGAUCCAAAAACGGCGAAUCCGUUUCGUCGGCGGAUAAUGUUUAUCGUUCAAAUCAUUCCCUUUCGACCGUCCUCGAGAGUUCGUGUUGCGUGCGUACACACGAGGGGCGGCGGAAGAGUCCACGGCUCGCGUUUACCUGGGAGUUGCCACGCACUCCUCCGUCGCCCCUUGUCACACGGAAGCGAUGUGGCAGAAAGGUGGGAGGGAUUUCAAGGUGAAGGUGGCGUUAGCGCGGCGUUGGCCCCGGUGACCCGAUGACCUAUUUGUAUUUGCUUAUAAUCGGGCCAAGUGGUGUUAUCGUCAACGUGCCGUUGGCAAUACGAGCUGUACUUGCAAGUGGUCGGCCUACGGAACAUCUGGCCACCACCAUCAUGGGGUUGUGAAGUCUCCGCUGGCUCGCCACUGCUGCCAAUGGAGAGGAGCCACCCACCCGAGAACACAUUUUAUUCCAACUCCGAGAAUCAACUUAUCAGUUGUACUGCCGUGCGAUCAACGUUACCAUAUUCUGAGCGCGUGAGGGUGCUGCUGCCCUCCUCGACUGAGCCGCACCAGAAAUCGCUUGGAACAGAUCUCAGAUCGCGGGAACUCUGCGAUAUCCCGCUUGCGUGCGCCGUUCUCCAACGCGAAGGGUCACCGACCGCUUUUGCGAAAUUAGGAGCGAGCAGAUACGUUUUCUCGCGGGUAAGUGCAGUUGAGAUUUUAUAUUCUUGAGAAAAGAAAAAAAAAAAUUCUUGGGUGCUUGACAACACUCCCUCACCUUGCAAACUCACCUUCCACCGCCCCACACGCUUACCCCCCCCCCCCCCCCCCCCUCUGCGCGCCAUUCGCUUUUCUACAGCAACAGAGACCUCCCCCGCCCCUUUUUGUAUGCGUUGUGUGUACCUUGAGCCGGGGUGAAUUUUUUGUUCCGUUGUUUCAAUUGUGAUUCCAACCCCGAGCCGUUGCCGUUGGGAGGUGUUCUUUGUGAUGUUCACGUUCAUCUUUAUUUUUAAGUUUUAUCCAUUGUGGGGAAGGGGGGGGGGGGGGAAGAGUUUGAUUUUUUUUUUCUUUCACACAUAGUUUCCUGUGUGGUUUCGCCUUCCGCAAGUUGGGGCGCCCCUUGUAGCACUCGCUGAUAGUGCUUCAAACCCCCCCCCCCUACCCAACCACACCCCCAUUUCUCAUUUGGUUUCUCGAGAAACGGAGAAAACCAUAAUCGAUGUGAAUCCUUCGAGACAUGUAAGGUUUCUAAAUAUCUGCGGAUGUAAUUGUCGAGUCUUCAUGUACGAGUCAUUUAGUGUUGAGCAAUAGUCAUUUUGAAUACUGGUUUGUGACGUUUUUAUUUAAUAUUUGAUAUGCCGUUCAAUAGCUAGUGUGCCCACAGCCAUUGCGUGGGGAGCUUGUGGUUUCUGAUGUGGUUUGUUAGGGACAUUACGUCUGCAUAUCCAGGCACGUAACGACGAUGCACCUGUUAAAUCGAUCCUCGCGCUCACGGUACGAGCAUCAUUUCGCACCUCCGAUUAGCACGGGUGGCUACGUGCGGUGCAAAAGAAGUUGCACCUGUAUGCAUCAUUGGGUCGUUUGCAUAGCCAUCAACUAUUUACAAUGCAUGGAAAUUACAUGCAGAUGAUGUUAAUUUGAAGAGCUUGCAUUUUCGUGAAAUACUUCUCUGGGGCUCAGGCUCAGAUAGCUCCGGCCGAAAUUAAAUCCUGCUUUUUUGACCAAGUUUCCAAAACGUGUGCCGACCCAGUCAGAGAGAAGCUAAACAAGGCUUCGAAGCCUCGAUACCGCUCAGAUGGGAGACCAUCACGCACACACGACGGACGCAGUCUGUGUUGUGGUCAGCAGAGAGCAGUGCAGCGAAUCCACUAUUCUGUACUCGCCACGCAGUGCGUCGUGAUGCCCUCGUCCGGCAGUGCAUUGUCAAACAUGGCAUUUAUAUUACCUCCUCGAUAGGUUACCGUUGCAUUUCGGCUCCAACUUACAAACGACAGGGGGAAGAAAACAAUAACCCACGGUGUACUGUAUAAACGAUACAGUAAAAAUACUAAAUUGUUGAAGAUAAUCGCAGUCUCAAAUUGUGGCAAACCCCUGACCUCGUGGUGCGCCAGGUGUGUCCGUUACAUGCCUGAUAUUUACACCUCUCUGUAUCCAGUAAAACUCCAUAAAACUGGUCUUAUAUUGAACAAAAAGAGUGAAUAAAACGUACCAUUUGUA